AUGUAUCGUAAGUUGUACCCAAUAGUACGUAUUGAGCUUUCAUUAUUUAUUAGUAAACGCCAUUGUGGUACUACAUCAAUUGAUAAUUUAAAUAGUAUUCAAAAGGACUCUAAAAAGGAGAAUGAAAUUCGUGAAGCUGAAAUUAUCAAUGAAAUAAAUUUGAAUAAGGAAAAUGUUCAAGAUAGUUUGAAAGGUAUAAAAUCAGAAGAUGUGAACUUUGUUUCAGAAAAGGAAAGAUUUACUUCAGAAAUGAAUCGACUUCAAUAUUUUUAUUCUCAAGAAGGACCUUACAUUGGUUCAAGAAAGAAAGAUGAAGAAAGUAAUACAGUAGAUAACCGGAAGCGUCGACAUAUAGUAAGAGUACCUCAACCUGAGGUUGAAUAUCGUCCAAAUGAAACUUCUUUUAGAAGAUUACCUAAAAAUGCACGUAUACCUAAUGAAUAUGAAUUACGUGCUUUAUAUCCACAAAGUACAGGUCUUUCAUUAAUAGAAGGUAAAGCUAAUUGUGUUGAUCACAGUGCUUUUAAUGUAGAUGAAGAACCUGCACCAAUGCUAUAUAGUAUGAUUACACCCCCUGAAUGGUCAAAAGAGCGUGAAUUUCCUUAUAUGGUUGUUCUACCUGAUCAUAGAGGUAUUCCACGAGAUUUUGAAGAUGUUUGCGCAAAUUUUUUUGAACGUCCAAUUCAUAGAGAAUUAAUGCUUGAACAAAAUUGGGUUGUUAUAUGUCCAGUUAUUAACCUUCGCCAUAAUUUCCAAGUUCCUGUUGAAGCUAUAGUAGCUCGUUUUUGUGACUGGGUUACAGAAAACUUUAACGUGGAACAUGGUAAAGUACAUUUAUUUGGGAAAGGAAGUGGGGGUUAUGUUGCCCUUCGUACAAUUAUGGAAAACAAAAAUGUAGCUAUAAGUGUUACAGCUAUAUUGGGUAGAUCUGGAACUCCAUUUAGGCCUUUAGAUCGUCCUCAGGAUAAGGUGAAAAAUUUUAAUGGUGUACAUUCUUUAGUUUUUGUCCCUGGCUUAUUGCGAAAACAAGAUUGGUACUAUAAAUUUAAGUUUAUGAUGGAUAUGGCACGUAUAAGACCAGCAUUGAGAAAUAUUCACUUUGCUGAUGUUCGAGAUCAUCAAGUUUAUUAUGCUAUCAAUCCUUAUGAGUUUUGGAAUUAUAUGAAAUAUUUUCGUCAAUACAAUAUCAAAAUGAUAACUGAAAGUGGUUAUCAAUUUCGCUGA